AUGAAGCGGGCGCUGGUGAUCCGCAACGUCUCGAGCCACGACAUGCCCCUGGACAGCCUGGACAACGCGUGCGUGCACGCCUGCACGGCGCAGGGCUUCAUCACGGAGCUGGCGGUGAACCACGAGGACGACAUCCGGCACCAACUCAUGCAGACGCACGCGCGCGCCAGCGCCCACCACGACCGGCGCGUGGCGUACCAGCAGACGCCGCCCAUGUAUUCGCCCGUUCCCUUCGACGCCGUGCUGUUCCGCGCCUCGGGGCUGUCGGAGCACCACCUGUACCCGCUGCUGCGCAUGAUCCGCACCAUCAGCAAGCAGAUCUUCCUCUGCGUCUUCAGUCCGCAGCUGGCCGAGCACCCCAUGGGGCGCUACCAGUGCUUCCAGGAGGGCGCGUCCAUGGUCACGGACUCGCUGGACGCGGUGCGGGACAGCCGAGGCAGAUCCGGCGGACGCGACGGCUUCACGUGCCCGUUUUGCGGCAAGAACGGCAUGGACGAAGACCAGCUCUGGCGCCACUGCCCCAUGUACCAUAUCAACGAGAAGAACACGGACAAUAUCAAGUGCCCGAUCUGUCGAGAGACCCCGCGCGGCCCGUUCCAGGUGCACAUGCACAACGCCCACGGCCCGCCGGGACGACACGAGAUGGCGAGCGAGUUCAACAUGGCCGACAGCACGCUCUACUCGUUCGCGCUCGUGGUGUGCCACAACAAAAAGUACAACAGCUUCUUGCUCGUGCAGGAGUUCGCCAACUCGGGCUUCUGGCUGCCGGGCGGACGCAUCGACAGUGGCGAGAACCCGGCGCAGGCAGCGAUCCGCGAGACGAAGGAGGAGGCCGGCAUCGACAUCCGUCUCACGGGCCUGAUCAAGCUCGAGUACCAUCCGAAACAGGACCGCAACGGCAGUCAGUACGUGCGCAUGCGCUUCAUCUUCUACGCCGAGCCGCUGGACUGCGACCAGCCGCCUAAGUCGAUUCCAGACUACGAGAGCGCGGGAGCCACUUGGUGUCGCGCCGACCAAGUCGCCUCGUUGCCGCUGCGAGGGUCCGAGCCUGUCACUUAUUUUAACCAUAUCGCCUCCGGCGGGCCGAUCUACCCGCUUGAGCUCAUCCACAUGACAUCGUCUUCAACGUAG